AUGGACACGUACCAGCUCAACUUCACUGGGCUGCUGGGCCUGUGCGCCGCCCUGUUCGUCGCACAGAGGAGGAAGCCAGCUCAGCCCAAGCAGGACGCAAAGUCGGCAGAACCGAAGAAGGACUCCAAGCCAAAGCAAACGACAGACAGCAAUGAAGCAUCUCAGUGGCCCUUCCUCGUGGUGUUCGCCCUGGGCCCGUUCCUCUACUCCCUCUACAAGGAGGAGCACGGCGUCUCCUCAGGGAUGGUAUCAACCCUCUUCACCACGGGCUUCCUCUCCGGCGCCGUCUCGGCCUACGCCACGGGGACCCUCGCGGACCGGCGCGGCCGACGGCUCGCCUGCCUGGUGUUCUGCGCCGCGUACGCCCUGAGCUGCGCCCUGACCAUCCCCUCGCUGCCGCUCCUCUUCGCCGGCCGCGUCCUGGGCGGCGUCGGCACGAGCCUGCUCUUCAGCGUCUUCGAGAGCUGGAUGGUCACCGACUUCCACGCGCGCGGGCUGGGGGACAAGGGCGGCGACCUCUCGCGCACCUUCGGCGUGAUGAGCACCCUCAACAGCGUCGUCGCCAUCGCGAGCGGCGUGUUUAGCGAGUGGGUCGUCGGGGUGUCGGGGACGAGGAAGGCGCCCUUCGCUGCGGCUGUCGCGCUGCUGGCGGUGGCGUUUUGGGUCAUCUCUACGCGGUGGGAGGAGAACUAUGGGGAUUCUGCCAAGGACAAGAAGCCCAAGACGCAUGAUGGGAAGCAGGAGGCGGCCCCGCGGCCGAAGCUGUGGGAGAUGCUCAAGGACCCGCGCAUCGUCUGCCUCGGGCUGUCGUCCACCAUGUUCGAGGGCUCCAUGUACCUCUUCGUCUUCAUGUGGGGCCCCGCGCUGCAGUCCGCGCACGCCUACGAGUCGGCAUCUGCCGCGUCGUCGGGGGCAGCCGCCGGCCUGCCGUACGGCAUCAUCUUCGCAACCUUCAUGGCGUCCGUGCUCGCAGCGUCGCUCCUCUUCAACAUCGCCAUGGACAACAAGCUCCUCAAGUACACGUACCUCCUCGGCGGCAUCUUGGCCGUCGCCGACCUCGUCUUCUACCUUCUCGAGCAGCCGCGCUCCGAGCAGCUCACCUUCUGGCUCUUCUGCCUCUUUGAGGCCUGCGUCGGCAUGUACUGGCCCUGCAUGGGGUAUCUCAAGGGUCAGCUCAUCGAUGACGGCGUGCGCGCGCAGCUGUACGGCAUCCUGAGGGUGCCGCUGAACGUGUUUGUGGUGGUUUCCCUGUACUUCACUGGCGAUGGUGAUUCCUACGCCAAGGUGUUUGCGGUCUGCUCGAGAUUGUUGCUACUGUCUAUCGGGGCCCUGUACGCUAUGGUCAUGAAUGAGGAUGAGAUUCCAUAA